AUACAGGAAAUAGAACAGAAAGAUAAACAACCACUCGAGCUCCCUGAAGUUCAGUAUGUUCCCAUCGAAAUCCCAGACAUCGAACUACCACCAGCUCCACCCGCACCAACCAACGCACUAGUUGAAGUCCCUAUGGCAACAUUCACUCAAGCAGACAUCGAUCAGCGCAUCGUGGCGGCUGCUCUCGAUACAUACCGACUUCAACAAUCAACCGCCAAUCGACCCCUCCGCCUCAACAUCCCCGCUCCGGAACCCUUCAGCGGAAAGGCAGAGGAUCUUAGACGCUUCCUUCAAUGCGUUCUUUCCUACUUCGUCGCCACCAACAACACCAGACUUAGCGAUGAAGCAAAGAUCACCUUCACUGUAGCGUUGAUGAGGAAGGACCUAGGGAAGACAUGGGCAGACGCAUACUACGAGAAGUCGGCAGGGGGAGUCCAGGUCUAUCCUGAUUGGGCAGCCUUCGCCACCGCCCUUGAGGAAGCGCACCAAAUCCUGAUGAAGCUGCCCGAACGACAGAAGAACAAGAAGACAGUGCUCUCCCUUGGAAACUACAUCACCCGCUUCGAGCAGCUAGCGCCGAAAGCCCAGCUCAAGGACACCGAAGUCAAUGGCAUCAACCGCACCGAGAACGACUACCACACUCUCCAUGCCAACUUUGUCAAAGGACUCCCGAAGGAGCUGUAUUUUGCGCUCGCAACCAGGAUUGCUAGGGAUCGACCCAACACCAUGAAGGCCUGGUAUGACGAAGUACGAAAUGCUGACGCAGCCAAGCAGGGGGCUCUCGUUGUCACAGACACCAGGGACUAUGGCGAACCAAUGGAUGUUGAUGCCACUGCCGUCGCAUCAACCUUCGCCUCCACACCGGGAGGAAGGAAAUGGGAACUAGGAGCCAUUCUCAACGAGGCCGAUCGGAAGCUCCACAGGGACAGGAACCUGUGCUUCUACUGCCACAUCAAGGGUCACAGCGCCAAGGAUUGCCGCAAGAAAGUGGCCGCACAACAAGGGGGUGGGAGGCCGAACCAGGGAGGAUCUGGGAAGGACGACUUCCAUGCCAGAAUCAAGGCACUCUCUGCCGACGAGAAGCGGGAGCUGUAUGAAGAACUUACGAUGGAGGAUUUUUGA